AUGGCUCCCCGACUCCCCCGCGCCGCCACCAUCCGCUUCCUGGUCCGACCCUCCUCUUCCGGCGGCGGCCGCGUCGCCUCGCUGCGCCCGUACUCUGCCCAGACGGAGCCGCUCAUCCGCGUCGCCAACCUGUCCGCCGGCUCCACCGGCCACAUUCGCGUCCUCGAGCUCAACCGGCCCUCGGCCCGCAACGCCAUCUCCAAGGGCCUGCUCGCCGCCCUGCGCGCCGAGGUCGACGCCAUCCACGCCCAGUACGGCCCGGCCGGCGAGGAGCUGCCCGCCGCGACGACCGCCGACGGCGGGCCAACGCGCGCCCUCGUCAUUGCCAGCGCCGUGGACUCGUGCUUUUGCGCGGGUGCGGAUCUGAAAGAGCGUCGCGGCUUCAGCCAGCAAGAAACAAAUGACUUCCUCACCAACCUCCGCGCUACAUUCGCCGCCCUUGCCGACCUCCCCGUCCCCAGCAUCUCCGCCAUCUCCUCCCUCGCGCUCGGCGGCGGCCUUGAACUCGCCCUCGCCACCCACUUCCGCGUGCUCUCCUCCAACGCCACCGUCGGGCUGCCCGAGACGCGCCUCGGCAUCCUGCCCGGUGCUGGCGGCACCUACCGCCUGACCGGGCUUGUCGGGCUCGGCCGCGCCCGCGACCUCAUCCUCACCGGCCGGCGCGUCGCCGCGCCCGAGGCCUACUUCCUCGGCCUCGCCGACCGCCUCGUCGAGGUCGUCCACGAAGACGAGCGCGACGCGGGCCCCGCCGAUAUUCUGGCCGCCGCGCGCAAGGGCGCCCUUAGCGAGGCAGUCCGCCUGGCGCAGGAGAUUUGCGAGGGCGGGCCGGUCGCGAUCCGCGCCGCGCUGCAGGCCGUCGCGUGGGCCCGCCCCGACAAGGAGAAUGAGAUGUAUGAACGUGUCGUCGCGACCGAGGACCGCAACGAGGCCCUCAAGGCCUUUCAGGAGAAGCGCAAGCCCGUCUUUAAAGGAAGGUAA